CCUCCGCAGAACGGAUACAUUGUAACGGUUUGAGUUCGUUACAUUGACGCACUUUAGUAACAACACAACUGAAAAGUAUCGCUGGCUGCGUGUUGUUACAACAAAUGCAGUUUGUUUCUAGAUAGGUACUGGUGUUGAUGGUAUACAUAGAGAUGGCCAGUCUCCUCCCAUUAUGAGAUGUUCAUUGUGCACGUUUCCUUCAUGGAGGCUCAAACGAUUUCUAGCACAGCGAUCUGAAAAACUGACCUCAGUAUAUCUAGUAAUAGUAUAAACACGUAAAGCAAUCGCAUGCUUAUUGAAGAAGGAGAAAUUGUUCUGGGAUUUAAACCACUUUUGUCUCAGGGAGUAGAUGAUGCUCUGUGUAAGAGCUGUGAGCAGGUUGGCACAGCGGGCUUUCUUGGCAUCAGGCCGUGGCUUUCAACCUCUCACUGUUUCAGAGCGGGACAUCGGCCUCUCUCCACGCCAACUCACCUCUGAUGCCAGCUUUUACCCGGCGGAGUCUGACUGUCCAAGGAUUCUCAUUACUGGGGGGUUGGGGCAGCUGGGAGUGGGUCUGGCCAAACUGCUCAGGAAGAGAUUUGGCAAAUAUAAUGUCAUUCUGUCUGAUAUCAGGAAACCCCCAAAUCGUGUUUUCCAGAGUGGUCCUUUUAUAUAUUCUGACAUUUUGGACUCCAAGAACUUAAGUGAGAUUGUUGUAAACAACCGCAUCUCCUGGUUGAUUCACUACAGUGCUGUCCAGAGUGCAGCUGGAGAGGCAAACGUGUCCCUCGCUCGUGAAGUCAACAUCACUGGGUUGCACAACGUUCUUGAUGUCGCUACAGAACAUGGGCUCCGUCUUUUCGUUCCCAGCACUAUUGGAGCAUUUGGCCCCAACUCCCCUCGCUACCCCACCACUGAUUUGUGCAUCCAACGCCCUCGAACCAUUUACGGAGUGUCCAAAGUUCAUGCUGAGCUAAUGGGAGAGUAUUACCAUCUCAGGUAUGGUCUUGACUUCCGCUGUCUCAGAUACCCAGGAAUAAUUUCAGCAGAUUCUCAGCCAGGUGGAGGGUCAACAGACUACGCCGUCCAGAUCUUCCACGAUGCUGUGAAAACAGGUAAAUUUGUGUGCAACUUGAGACCAGACACACGACUGCUAAUGAUGUUUAUUGAUGACUCUCUGAGAGCCACGCUGGAAGUUCUAGAAGCUCCUGCUGUGAUGCUGGGUAUGCGCACGUACAACAUCAGUGCCAUGAGCUUCACUCCAGAGGAACUGGUCCAAGAAAUCAGGAAGCACCUUCCAGACCUGCAGGUCACCUAUGAGGUUGAUCCAGUUCGACAAACCAUUGCUGACAGCUGGCCAACGAUCUUCGACGACACCAAUGCCCGCAGUGACUGGGGCUGGAAACAUGACUAUGGCUUGCCAGAAUUGGUUCAGACGAUGCUGAACUUCACUGGCUCGGACUCCAGAAUGGCGCGAGCCAACUAAACACCAUCUGCCAUACUGUACUUUGAGUUCAGAACGCUGAGCAUUUUGGGACCUGAUGGACUCUGCAGUCUCACUCUUUAAUAAGUCCUUCAAAAGGAGAAACUACAUAGUUACAGUGUUCUGCAUUUCCAUAUGCAGCAUGUAUUUGCACAGGUUUUCUCAUUACAGUAAACUGAAUAUUUACAGGGCUAUAUUGGAUCAUUCUUGAUUAUUCUUCUCAAUAUCCAGGGACUGUAUAAUAAGGAAAAUAAUCACCACAAAAGUGACUUGUGCGCUAUACUACAAGUCUUCUAAAGAUUGAGAAAAUGGCGCAAAAAUCACUCAGGCUACUUUUAUGGUGAUAUUGUUGUUGCGUGACGGUGGUCACUGUAUGCUUCUGUUGUACUCUAUGGAAAAGAGCAGCAUGAACAUUCUACUAAACGUAUCCACUAUAGAAAGUCCCACUAAAGAACGAAAAUAAUUUGUGUUUUGAACAACAGGAGGGUGAUGAACGAAUUUACAUUCUUUGGCGAUCAAUCCCUUUACAGUGAAUACACUGAAGUCUGAGCCAUAUAUAAAUUUAAUUGUUCUGCUAGAAUAUUUAAUAUUUAUGAUAUUUUGUGUGCUUGUGUAAAUUAAAUGGAACAUUCUAUUAUAAAAACAAUCCAAAAUGUGUAGCUAUUUCUACAAAGGCUUUCUUAGAUUUGUCCAAUAAGCUUUACAAUGGUGCAAAUCUAUUUGCUUUUUGUACUUCAGGGAAUAUAUGUGAUUAUACAGACACGUGAGUGAUUCAGAAUAUAUACUUCAAUAUUUUGGAGGCAUGUUUUUAGAUGUUGAGGUCAGGUUUGCUGGUAUUGAUUAAAAUAAUUUAGCAUAAUUUAAGAAUGUUUUUGUUUGUUAUGAAAAGUGCUAUACAAAUAAAUAUGACGACUCUUUAUUAGAUACGAACUUCAGAUUUUCUAUUAGUUUGUAGAUUUUAUGGUAAAUGGUCUGCACUUAUAUAGCGCUUUUUUCAACCUUAGAGGUUACCAAAGCACAAGUUAUCUCUCAAACACACACACACACACACACACACACACACACACACACACACAGGGUCAGAAAUUAAGGCAGAAAUGCCACUGAAAGUAAACAUGCCCUCAUAAAUUAAAAUGAUGGGGCAAAAAAAAGAAAUGCCCAUUCCUCCAUUUUUAUAAUUUAUUUGUAACAUCUAGGUCUUCAUAUCCUAUUAUGUGCCUAGUUGAGCAGCUUAUCUAUUGAUAAUGUUAAUAAACUGGUUACAUUUAAGAAUUCAGCCUAAAAGGAUUUAUAAUUAAAAAAAAAUUAUAUUAGAAAAUUGUUGCCCUAAUAAAAGGUAGGGCAAAUAUUGUAUUGUAAAGUAAGAGGGCAAAUAUUGGCCUGUAAUUGUAACAUUUAAUUUUAAUUAAAGUUUUUAAUGUUGUGAUUCACCUCAGAGUUGGAUGCUUUGGUUUAUGGCUUACAACUUUAAGGUUUUAAUUUCUUAAUUAAUGGGAAAAAUUCUUCCGGA